AUGGCGGCGGACGGGGACUGGCAGGAUUUCUAUGAGUUCCAGGAGCCGGCCCGGAGCGUCCAGGACCAGGACAGCUGUCACGCGAGUCCCGAUGCCGGGGCAGAGGCGGGCGGGGGAGGCGACAACUUCCCGUCGCUGGCUUGCAGCUUGGAGGAGAAGCUCAGCCUGUGUUUCCGCCCGUCGGGCGCGGGCGCCGAGCCCCCGCGGGCGGCGGUGCGGCCCAUCACAGAGCACAGCCUCUUGCAGGGGGACGAGAUUUGGAAUGCACUGACGGAUAAUUAUGGAAACGUGAUGCCCGUGGACUGGAAGUCCUCACAUACCAGGACCUUGCACCUGCUUACUCUGAACCUGUCAGAGAAGGAGAAAAGUGACAGUUUGCUCUUUGAUGCUUCGGAUGAUGAGGAGCUUCGAGAACAGCUGGAUAUGCACUCAAUCAUUGUCUCCUGCGUCAGCGAGGAGCCCCUCUUCACUGCGGAUCAGGUUAUUGAAGAAAUUGAAGAAAUGAUGCAGGAAUCCCCGGACCCAGACGAUGAUGAGACUCCCACACCGUCCGAUCGACUUUCGAUGCUUUCCCAGGAAAUUCAGACCCUUAAGAGAUCUAGUACAAGCAGUUAUGAAGAGAGAGUGAAAAGGCUCCCAGUGUCGGAAUUAAAUGAGCUCCUGGAAGAAAUUGAGACUGCCACUAAGGAUUACUCGGAAGAGCUGGUGCAGCAGUUGGCCCUGCGAGAUGAACUGGAGUUUGAAAAGGAAGUGAAAAACAGCUUCAUUUCUGUUCUUAUUGAAGUGCAAAACAAACAGAAAGAACACAAAGAAACAGCCAAAAAGAAGAAGAAGCUCAAAAACAGCAGCUCUCAGAAUGGCAAACAUGAGAGGAGUCAUAUGCCCGGCACACGCUUCAGCAUGGAAGGGAUCUCAAAUGUCAUUCAGAAUGGCCUCCGCCACACCUUUGGAAAUUCAGGUGGAGAGAAACAGUACUUGACAACAGUUAUUCCUUAUGAGAAGAAGAAUGGACCGCCAUCUGUGGAAGACCUUCAGAUAUUAACAAAAAUUCUUUGUGCCAUGAAGGAGGACAGUGAAAAGGUCCCAAGCUUGUUAACGGAUUAUAUACUGAAAGAAUUUGCAUUCUGUCCCAUCCCUGCAGCCAGUGAACUGGACCUUGUCCCCUCCUGCACAGCUGCUAUGGAACGAAGUUCCGUAUAUUUUCUGGCAGUCCAAGCAACCAUGGCAGACCUCUUCUUUAUAUGA